GGAUGCACCCAGCGUGUCUGAGAAGUCUCCACUUCUUCCCCAAAGGCCCGCCCAGCAGUGGACGCCCCCAGUUCCAUCGUCGAUCGACCCCGAUUCGGUCGGGGGAAGCUUGUCGGGGACGCCGGACCUAAAGAUGCAGAAGGCAGGACACCGUCGACUUUUUUUGGCCGUGACCGCGGCCAUGAUGGCCACCAUGUCGUACGGCAUGUCCGUGGGAUACACGUCGCCUGCGCUGCCUGACAUCCGCCAGCGCAUGGACCUGUCUGACGACCAGAGCGACUGGUUCGGAUCCUUGCUCAACAUCGGCGGAAUAUUCGGAGCCCUUGCUGGGGGUCAGCUCAUCAGAUUCAUAGGCCGCAAGCUCACGCUACUACUCGCGACGGCCGUCAGCGUCGCCGGUUGGCUUUGCAUCGUCUCUGGUACAGUUCCCGGUGUACUCUUCUUCGGCCGAGCUCUGACGGGCGCCUUCAUGGGCAUGACGUCGAUAACGGCGCCUGUCUUUGUGUCUGAAGUGAGCCCCAAGAAUAUCCGCGGCCUCCUCAACGUCAUGUGCUCCAUGUCUUACUCCGUGGGCGUGCUCUUGGCGUACAUCAUGGGCAAGUGGCUACACUACGACUGGCUCGCUGCGGCCAGCAUGACCCCACCAGUUCUGAUGGCCCUGAUCUUGCCAUGGCUCGCUGACUCCCCGCGAUGGCUCUUCCAGGUUGGCCGUGAUGAAGACGGCUUACGAGCUCUACACUUCUACGGGAGAACUGACGCGGAUGAAGAGUACAAGGCGAUGAGGGCCAACGUCGACGCCACCCAGAGGUUCCAACUGUCGGAGCUGAAGCAAUCUUACAUCUACAAGCCGUUCAUGAUGACUCUUUUAGCCCUGUUUCUGCAGCAAUUUUCGGGCAUCGCCGUUCUGCUGUUGUACACGUACGAUAUAUUUACCCUGGCCGGCUGGAAACUAUCCGCAGCCGACAGCUCCAUCGUCGUGGGUACUGUUCCUCUGGUCGGCAUAGCACUCGCCGUGGUACUCACUGACCGAAUCGGGCGCCGUAUACUCUUUCUCUUCUCCCUGGGCGUGUCCGCAGUCAGUCUGGCAACACUGGGCACCUUUUAUCACUUGAAGCAAACCAGGGGCGCGAGCUUCGUGGAGGCGUUCGGCUGGCUGCCUCUGGCCACGCUCUGCGUGUUCUUCCUGGGCUUUUCGGUGGGCCUGCGUCCUUUACCACCGAUCCUCAUGGGCGAACUUUUGCCGAUUAGAAUCAAGGGCUUCGCAUCAGGCAUUCUUAUGUGCUUUUUCUUCGCGUGCGCGACGUUCACAACGAAGGAGUACCAUCCAAUGAUGAUGUUCUUUGGACAAGGCGGCAUCUACUGGUUCUACGCAAGCUUCAUGGCGGCCGGCUUUGUCCUGGUGAUGGUCCUCCUGCCCGAAACUAAGGGAAAGAGUUUAGAAGACAUCGAAACAAUUUUCGGCAAGAAUCGGGAGCCACCGAAAGAAAACGGGUGCUAACAGGAAAACAUUUGUUUUUUAAUUGAACACUUUAGCAGAAUUUAACCGUUCGGUAAUUAAAGCAGCGUGUGCUGUCAUCUAUUUUCUGGACUAGCUCAAAUAAACGACACCAAAUAAAGCAUGCUCAUAUGAAAA